AUGGAGAUGACUUAUGAUGAUGAUAAACGCUUCUCUUCUCUAAGCACAAUUAUGAGACUGGUUAAUGAAAUCGCACCAUUUGCUCGUUAUCUGUUAAACAAGAAAACGCAGUUUGGGAAAAGAUUGACUGAUAUUGAAGAAACGAAACUAGUUAGGUUGAAGAUAGAUCAGGAGGCAUCACGUGAAGUUAGAAUCAACAAAAGAAGAAGAGUCAAGUAG